GCAGACACUGUCAGGCACGAAGGGAAUAAGUUACUGCGUCUCCAGCAAGACCGUUACCGGGCACAAACCUUGUUGUUCUUCUUGAUUAUCUGAACUCGGACGAACCGUUAUACACAGAGUGAACAUGACAUUAUUUUGUCAUCAACUUUUCAUCCUAUGGAUUGUUGUCACAGUGUUGUCUUUAUCUUUAGUGGCAGAGUCCAACACCCCGACUCCUGGCACACACGAAAGUCCUGGGCCCACAGAUACAUCCAUGACCCCAGGAGAUAGAUCCACCACCAUCUUAUCCACAAAGACCGCAGUCUCCACUGAACCCAGCUCCACCACCACAGACCGAGCCACCACCACCCAAGACCCCUCAACUGUCCUCCCUAGCACUGAUGGCACCUCACCCACAACAGCAGCCGUCUCUACAACUAAAGAGGCCUCUACUACGACAGACCUGACCUCAACUUCUGAUACGACAGAGUCUACGGGAGCAGUCGGCACCACUGCGACAGAAACAAGAACUAUCCCGUCGGUCAGCACAGCAGAGAUGACUUCCUCCCACAAGACCUCGGCGUACACUGUCACGUCCCCUGAGUCGACGGGAAAAGACAGUCAAUCUACAGACAGUGGCAUGACAACACCCACCACCACACCUGCCCUUAGCAGAGGGGUCUCUCUGUCUACCACGGAACAUGCCGGAACCUCCUCCUCUGUCACCACUGAGACAGGACGUACCUCAAACACAACUCCAGACAUUGUCCCAACCAGCAGUACCAAWGAGCCAGGCACACAUGAAACAACAGCCAUCAAUGCAGCUACCACAGAUACAGGUACCAAAGACAGUGAGACCACAGGUACAGGGAUCACAAAGUUCACCAUCCCACCAACUGGUCAGACCUCUCUCCCAGUAACAGAGGGUAGUACCCUGUCUUCAAAAGCACGCCCUCCUCCACUACAAAGGGAUCUGAGACCUCUCUCCCAGUAACAGAGGGUAGUACCCUGUCUUCAACGCCCCUCCUCCACUACAAAGGGCUCUGAGACUCUCUCCCAGUAACAGAGGGUAGUACCCUGUCUUCAACACGCCCCUCCUCCACUACAAAGGUCUGAGACCUCUCUCCCAGUAACAGAGGGUAGUACCCUGUCUUCAACACGCCCCUCCUCCACUACAAAGGGCCAUGAGACCUCUCUCCAGUAACAGAGUAGUACCCUGUC